AAUAAAUGAAAACAAAGCACAAAGCACAAAGCAGCGAGUAUAUUUCCAAAGAAAAUGUAAACAACGGAAAACAAGAAAACAGCUGAUUGUCGACCAACAGCAUGAAGUAACAAAAGCGACGCAAAAAUAAUAAUAAACACAACAAAGCCUGUGCUGUCUCAUGCUCAUGGAAAUAAUACAACGUCUAUAUGUGCAUAUGCAAUCAUUUUGAGUGAAUAAAUAGUCAAAGCGACGCAUACAAACAAAAGCCAGACGUUCUGAGGCACUGUUUACAAAGGUAUAGGAGUGGGUUGAUAAGGGGGUGAAUUGUGGAUAACGAGUCUCAAUGGCUGGCGAGCAAACCAGCUGAGUGGCUGCGCUGUCAAAACGUGCGCAGGCUGGCGAAUGGAAAUAUGCUUUGACAAAUGGAAACUGGAACUGAAACUGGAACAAUGUUGGUGUAGCGAAAACGCAUGGGAAACGAAAGUAUUGAAUUGAAACGAAUUAGCAAACGCUGGAUAAUAUUUUAGUAGCAGGCUAGUAAAACGCUAAAUAGAAACAAAAUGAAAUAAACGACACUCAUUGACGUUGUAACAACAAAAAGUACAGAAGGUAAAAUAAGUCAGCUAUUAACUAGAGAUAAACGCCAAAUAGCUUCAUCUAAAUUGGUGCGUGCUAACGAAAACGAGUGAAUUCCAAAUGAAUUCGCUACUGUUCUCGAGCAGCUGAGGACCUGUAUCAUCAUGGCAAUUGGUGUAUCAGAACAAUAUCAAGAAGUGGAACUCCGGUAAUUGUGGAUAAGUGUUGCCAUCAAACACAAGGCAAAAGAAAUGAAAACGGCUUGGAAUCGGGCAAUUGUAUGGAAGUAUACGACUUUAGUACUUAGCAAACUAGCGAGGUGUGUAAACGUAUAUUGACAUAUUCGGUGUAUAUUUCGUUUAAUUAUUUUUGGCUGGUCGGCCCGAUACAUAACGGCGGAAACGGAUCCUAUAAAUAAACAAGCGAAUUGCAGCGAACAUUAAAAUUGUUUUAAACAAUAUAUAUAUAUUGGUAAAAACAAAUUAAUUAAUACACGGUGUGAAUUCAAGCGUACAUUACGCCAACGAUCGUGUGCUUGUUCGUAUGCUUUUCUGCGCCAACAGUUUUCCUCAUCGUUAGUAAGUUUCGCUAACUUCGCAAGUGUUUCACGUUCUUCUGCGAUAUAUUGGAUUUCAUUUAUAAAAGUACGAAUGGCGAUAAAAAAGCGAUACAUGUUUGGAAUUAAUACGAAAAUAUACGAAGCUUGAAAAUAAUUGCAAAAAAAUACAAGCAAACAGCGCAUAUUUUGUUUCAGUGUAACCCUAGGUGUGAAUUGUGUGUAAAAUAAUACCACGUUCGACGUGCAAAACCGUAGCAAAAUAAAAUAAAAAGGUUUAAAGUAAGUGAAAAAAAAUGCUGUUAACUAAUCGUCACUGUGAAAGCGAAGUGCCAGCUUGUUGAAAAGCAAGUGCAGAAAACAGAAAAUAACAAUUAUUGUACAGAAUAAAAAAAUAAUAAUAAUUGCAAAUGUUUGAAAGUUGCUUGAAAAAAAUAUUAUAAAAAAAUUAUAAACAAGUUUGAACUUGUGUUUAAAAGAAAAAUUGUUAAAAAGUUCGUGAAGUCAAAAAAAUAAAUGUAUAUACUACCGCUAAAUAUAUUUAAGCAUAAAAACUAAGCUAUCACUGCUUGGUUUUCAAACGCGAGCAACGAAAAAAUCCAAAUUUCCACAGUAUCCCUGUAGUGAAAUGCCUGAAAAACGUGCCACUCGGGGUAAAAUUAUUUACGCAAUUUAUUGACACGCUCCCACAAUUUUCCGCGCUACAUUUUCCUCUGUGUUUGUGCGUGUGUGCGUUAACGUCUGAAAGCUACAUGCAUAUAUAUUUUCGAUUUCUUUGUUAUUGUGUUGCAUUGUGCAUUUUAUAUACAAACAUACGUACAUACAUACAUACUUGUACAUAAAUAUCAAUUUAUUUUCGUCUACAAUUGUUUUUGUGCUUCGUAUUGCCGUCUUACCACAUCAGCGCUUGAUUGCUUUCAAUAUCGGAACAAAUACACCCUUUAUUUUAUGCACACAUACAUAAAUACACAAAAAUAGAUCAAUGACCUGAUAACCUACAAAUAUCAAUAAUUACAACCACAUACACACUGUAUACAUACAUAACCUCACAAAAAAUAUUUUCUCAAUCAGUGAUUAAAACCAGCAGAUCAAUGUCGUUCAAAAGAAAAUAUUAUCGACGUAAAGUGUAGUGAGUUAUUUUAAGUUGUGUACAAUUCUAAAGUCUUUGUCCCGAAAAAGUUUAAACGUCGUUCCGUUAAAUUAAGAAUCCAAAAUUUUUUUUCAAAAAAUCUGACCUUUAUCCAAUUUUAUGAGUUACUAAUAUUAGGAAACGAUUUUAUAUAAACAAAAAACAAACAAAGAAUCUACCUGCAAGGCAGUAUUUCUCACAAAUGGCCACAAAUUCUAUAUACAUAGAGGAUAGCAACAACAGCACUGAAGAGAGUGAAUAUACCAUAUCGAAACAUAUCCCCGUUACAGCAAUGACACACGAAGAACACAUGAAUACCGCCGAAACGCUACAAGGCGAAAACGCCAACACGCAAGCAGCAGAUACACCCAGUAUGAGCGCUAAUAAUGCUAUAACGGGUCUCCAGCAUGCCAUUGGCCCACAACGGUUAGGUGAUGAUGUCUUUGAAAACGCCUUCGACGAGUCCAUGGAUUGUCUGGAACAGGCCGAAGCGGAUGGUUACGAAUCGGACUCGGAAAGCGCCAAUGAGUAUGACGAUACAGUCAGCGAUUCUGUGACGACUGGGCUGCGUACCAUUGACAGUGAACAUCUGACUUUCUCAAGUGGUUUUGGCAGUUCGAUGUUAUCGAGUUUUCCACCAACCGGUUCAUUCGAUUACAACAGUUGUAGCAGUAGCAGCGACAGCGAGGAGGAAGUACGCGCAAGUGUGCAACAUGACGAGCGGUUGGGCAAGUUCCUACCGGUCGAUUCGCGAUUAGACAUCUUUCAUACGCGUCCAUAUUUAUUGCCAUUCGUAGAGCGCCGACGUUUGUCGCAAUGCAAGGAGGAGGAUGAGGAUGAUGGCGACAAGUCACCGCAGCCAAAUACAAGCGGCAUGUCGGCGCCGAAAUUUGAGAAGUCGACUUUGCCUACACCGCCCCCACCACCACCGACCACUGAUGAGGCAGCGGUAGAGAAGUUUAAGGAGUUGGAACGUUUGCGUCAACAAUUUAUGCAUAAAAUAGACAGUAUCAACACCAAUAAUGUGGACGAUAUAAAAACGGUUACAGUGACCGCAGAUAAUUUUUCACCUCCGCCACCACCACCAAUACCGCCAACAAUAUUGCCACCCUCGCUUAUCAAUUUGCUGCAAUCAACUAAGAAGAAACCACUGCCGAUGAUUAAGGCAGCCGAACCGCGUAAAGCAAUUAUGCCUGCACCGCAAAUAGCACCGGCGCCAAACGAAGGCGCCCCGCUGAAUAAUCAUCUGCCGCUUGCAGGUUCUAUAGACAGCGUAAUCACCACAAACCACAAUGCAGCGCUGGUGACAACCCACGCGCAGCCAUCCGCUACAAAUUUCUCCUCAAACACCACCGCAAUAGCCACAAGCAAUGCAACAUUGAAUGCGUCAAAACUCGCACAAAUCAAUUUACCGCACGCCGAAAGCUCUGAAAAGCUUAUUAUUAAAGGUAAAUUUACCGUAACCAAAGCAAAGGAGACACCCGAACUUCAACAAUUGCGCACGGAGGCCGAUAAGCUGAAACAUUUGAGUUCUAGCGCCAAUGCACACACUAUCAGCUUCCCCAGCAGCUAUGGUGGUUAUACCUCUGUGCAAGGGCUUUUCUCACAGCGUUACGGUAGUCACAAAUACCCCACCGCCGUGCCGCAUCUUUCGAAGAAAUUUUUCGAUGCCUCUCUAGUUGAAAUACGUGCGCCGGGUACCAGCAAUUCAUCGCUCAACGAAGAGCUCCCGAAUUGUGAACAGAUCUCAAAAAGCACAGUGAACGCUACAUCUACGCCUGCAUCCACACCUACAACCAAAGCCAUAACAACUCUCAUUCACCACCAAAGUUACAAUAAUUGUGAUAAUAGUUUAGUGAAACUACGCGGCGAUUUAGCGCACUUAGAUGAUGUGUGGAUAAAAAGAUCGGCGAUCACAACUCCAUCAAGGAGGCAAACGCUAGAUGAGAGUGCAUUGGGGAUUGGGCACACAACAGCUGCGCCGUCGGAAGAUGAACAAGAUGGACGCUUGCCUGGUUCGCGACCCUCCAGCGCGCCGGCGGAACCCAAUGCCAAAGCGGCACGAAAGGCUUCCAAAAAGAUGGAGAAAGAGGCGCGGCGGCAAGAAAAGGAAGCCAGUCGACGCGAAAAGGAGGCGCGCAAGUUGGAGCGCGAAACGGCGCGACGUCAAGAACGCGAAGCAGCCAAAUUGGAGAAGCUCAAUCGCAAUAUGGAGAAAAUAUCGCGCAGUACAGAGCGUGUUGGUUCCUCGACGCGCUCCGGCUCGUUAGAGCGACGUCGCAGCGGCGAAGACUCGCCCGUGCUCAACCAGUCGACCGUGCACGGUAUCGCCAGUCCGAAUCGACGUCCCACCAUCUUCGAUGUGUUUCGACAGCGCGCUAAAUCCGAUGCUAAGCGCAAAGAUUCGCUGCUUUUGGCCGCUGGCAGUGGCGGUGUCGCUGCUGCACCCGGCACAGACAACAGCAGCUCGAGUAGCACACACUCUGGCACUGGCGGCGGCGGCGGUGGCGGCGGCGGCAUAAUGAAUCAAAUGAAGGUGGUCAUGCAGAAUUCAGGGCUAAUUGGUCAUCAUCAUCAUGAUAAGCGUCAACAUCCGGCUGUUACGAUAACCGCUGCCGAGGGUGGCAGUGCGAAGAAUAAGUACAAAGAUGGAUCGGCGCAUCCGCAUCAAGGCAGUGAUGCUCAGUACUAUCACACCGUUACAGCGGUACGUCGCGCUGACGCGUCCCGCUCACCUAUGACCAAAGUGAUGGAUUUGUUUAGGAGCCGUUCAAAUUCAGCGGCCACCGAGGCGGAUAAACGCAAAGCGCGAGCAGCAGCGCACCAACAACAGUUAGCCGUGCAAAGUGCUCAUAUGCGUCGCGCCUCAGCCGAUUUGGAGAAACGGCGUGCUUCUUUGGGUGCAGCUAGUCGAGGCUUACGUGGUGAUAGUACAUUAGAUCCUCAUCACGCCGCCAUUUUGUUCCGUGAUUCCAGAGGGUUGCCGGUCGCUGAUCCAUUUCUGGAAAAAGUAAACCUCUCCGAUUUUGAAGAAGACGACUCACAAAUAUUCGUGAAAUUCUUCCGGUUCCAUAAGUGCUAUGAUCUAAUACCAACCUCAGCUAAAUUGGUUGUAUUCGAUACACAAUUGCUGGUGAAGAAAGCUUUCUAUGCACUCGUCUAUAAUGGUGUACGUGCAGCACCGCUCUGGGAUUCACAAAAACAACAAUUUGUUGGCAUGUUAACCAUAACCGAUUUUAUAAAGAUUCUACAAAUGUAUUAUAAGUCACCAAAUGCAUCAAUGGAACAAUUGGAGGAGCACAAAUUGGACACAUGGCGAAAUGUGCUGCACAAUCAGGUUAUGCCAUUGGUUAGCAUCAGUCCGGAUGCUUCACUCUAUGAUGCCAUUAAAAUUCUCAUACACAAUCGUAUCCAUCGAUUACCAGUCAUUGAUCCAGCGACGGGCAAUGUUUUGUAUAUAUUAACACAUAAACGCAUACUGAGGUUCCUCUUCUUAUAUAUUAACGAAUUACCAAAGCCCUCGUAUAUGCAAAAGACCUUGCGUGAUUUAAGGAUCGGCACAUACGACAAUAUUGAGACUGCGGACGAGAACACAAGCAUUAUAAUGGCGUUGAAGAAGUUUGUGGAGCGACGAGUAUCAGCUUUGCCCUUAGUCGACUCCGAAGGACGGCUUGUAGAUAUUUACGCGAAAUUUGACGUAAUUAACUUGGCCGCCGAGAAGACCUACAAUGAUUUAGAUGUCUCGCUACGCAAAGCAAACGAACACCGCAACGAAUGGUUCGAAGGUGUGCACAAUUGUCGCUUAGAUGAGACGCUCUAUACAAUUAUGGAGCGCAUUGUGCGCGCCGAAGUGCAUCGUCUCGUCGUUGUUGAUGAGAAUCAGAAAGUGAUUGGUAUUAUUUCACUAUCGGAUAUACUGUUGUACCUGGUUUUACGUCCAAGUGGCGAAGGUUUAGGCAACUCUGAAAAUUCAUUACGCGCCUCAGAUCCCAUCUUGCGACGCAAGUCGUCCGAUGACGAAGAUGCCGAUACAAAAUCAUCGGGCAGUCGUAGUAUUAUUGAUGAUAUACCCGAAGAGGAGCCAGCAUUGGCGACAACAACAGCGCACACAUCGGCGCCACCAACGGGUGAAGUAACUGUCGCUAACACGAACAGUGAUGAAAUUAAAAGCGAAUCGAAUGAGGAGAUUGACGCCUCAACACAAAAGCUAAAUGGUGAUAGUAGUAAUACCGCUGAAGUGUCCUUUGCCGCCGAGGCGGAAGAAGAUCCUGUAGACGAUGCCGAUCAGUUAAGUGAUAAUGAUGAUGAUGUCGUGACUGGACAAUUUGUGGAUCUGAAGAAAUCACUCGGCGCGUCAGCGGAUGAUGACAGAGAGUUGGAAACGGCCGCUUCGGCAGCCUCAGCGUUGGGUGGCAUGCCAACAACGACGGCACGCGAGAUGGCGCUUGUUAGUGAAUAAAUUUGUUUUUUUUUUUAAUUAUACAUUAAUAUUUCAAGCUACAAACAAACAUAUAUUAUAUACAUACAUACAUAUAUUUAAGUAUGCGUUUUUAGUCAGCGAAUUACAAACAAACAAACAAUAUAUUUGAUAAACUUGAACGUUGCUAUGAAUGCUUCAAAGCCUUACUAAUAUAAAAGAAAAAACAAACAUUCUAGGUGGGUGUUUAGAUUUUUUGAAUGCAUUGGCUUAAUUGUGUGUGCAAACUGCUGCCAACGCUGUGAGAGAGUGAGUCGCUGACACUCGAGCGAUCAGCGAAUGUUGGUGCAAUAACUUUUGAGCCACGAAAAUAGCUUCGCUAAGGCUUCGUGUUGACGCAUAGUCACACACAUGCACACACAUUAAACGCUGGCAAGGCAAGUGUAAUAAUCAAGCUUUUUUGAUAGGGUUCUGCAAACCUCUUAUAAUUAUAUGAAGGAAAAUUAGUGUGUUUUUUUUAAACUUAAGUAGAAAUUAUUGCAAAACAAUAAAGCAAAGUAAAAUAAAACAAACGCUUGUACGAUAAAAAGUCAAUAAAGAGAAUUAUGAUAUUCUAUGAUGCAGAUAACGGAUAAAUUAUUAGUUGCUAUCAGUUGUAAGUAAAUAUGCGUCUUAGUUGGACAAGAAAGGGAGACAAAAGAAAAUUUGUAACUAACAAGCUUCCCACAUUACAAAUACAUACACAUACAAAUAUACAUACUUACAUGCAGGCAUAUAUACAAAUUUGUUUGCAACACAUACAAACAUAAAUAAAAUCGUAAAAAGCUAAUAAAAACACAAUUAACAUCAUCUUAUCUAAUAAAAAAUAUAAUCAAUAAAUAAAUAUAAAGAACCAAUUAAUUUCAAACAAAUACCGAAACAAAGAUUUCAUACCAAUUAAAGCAGCAGCUUAACCACCAUACAAUUAAAAUGUAGUUUUUAAUAGCGGAAGUAAAAGCAAAAGCAAAUGGAGAAAACAAAGUGCAGAGUAAGCAUCCGUACGUUUAUUAUGUAAUGUAAUAGUUGGAAGGAAUGUUACGUAUGUUUUUAUUACAAUUAAACAAACAAGCAAAAUAAAAAUAAAACAAAAACUUGAUGGUACUUUUUAUAUAAAAUAUUACUAUUAAACUAUUAUUAUUAAAUAUUAUUAUGUACUGCUAAUUCAAUUAUGAUUACUAUGAUUAUUAUUAAAUAUAAUUAUUAAUUAAUGUAAUUAUGAUUACUGCUAUUAUAAUUAUAAAGUUCAAUAAAAGAAAAGAAGUUUUAAAAUAUUGAAUUACUGAUGUAUGUAGGCGAAUACUAUUAAUAAUACAUAAUAACAAUGCAAGCAAAAACUUUUAUUUGAAUAAAAAUUAAAACAAAAAAUUAAAAACAUUUGAGAAAAAGAGUAUUGUAGUAUUUGCGCGUGGUGCAUAAAACUAAAAGCAACAAAAGGAAAUAAAUAAAUUACUAAAUAUUCUUUCCAAAAAGCGUA